AUGUACCACGAUCAGCGUUUUCAACGAGAUCCCGCCUUCCUCGUGGUGGCGUAUAGUCACCAACAAAUCAUGCAGGCAACAACGCAGAGCUUCCUCCUCGCAAAACAGUCGCGGUUCAAAAACAUCGCAGAACGGAUGUUGAGCCUGAACCAACGCGUGUUGGCGGAGAUUGCAGAACGAAUGGCGUCUGGCGAAAAGGUAAUUCCGCAGACAGAAGAGGAGAAGGAUUGCUUCAAAGUCAUUCAGGACCUUGACAGCAUGGCGGGGAGGGUGCACGGCACAUCUGCUGGUCGCAAGUGGAUGCGAAACGAGAUAUGGUCUCUGAUGGCGGCGAACGGAUCACCUGUGUGGUAUGUCACAAUCGCCCCUACUGAUAUCAAGCACCCGCUGUGCAUCUAUUUUGCGGAUACCAACCAGACGUAUAGACCAUUUGACGCGCCAACAUCUUCAAGUGAAAAAGAUGAACGAUUCCGACGCGUCGUCAACAAUCCCGUCGCAGCCGCUCGUUUCUUCGACUUCAUUGUCAACACAUUCCUUAAACACAUUGUUGGUACUGAUUCCACGAUUCCUGGCGUCUUUGGGCACUCGUCCGCGUACUACGCAACGGUUGAACAG